AUGGCGCUCGUGGCCCCCCUGCGGCUGCCCGCGCGCGCCCUGCGCGCGGGUAUUUCCUACCGCGGCGGCUCCGGCGCUCGUCGCGCGCGCCUGGCGGCGGCUCCGGCGCAGACUCGCCACCGCGCCACCGCCGACGGCUCGGUCGCUCCCGGCGAGGAUGCCACCGCCGCUUCUUCGACCGCGACCGCGGCGGACGCGCCCCCGACGCCAAAGCCCCCGCACGUCGACGGCAGGCGCUCGUAUUCCGACGUCCCGACCGGCCUCGAGGACUCCCCGACGCGGCGACUCGUCACCGAGGAGCAGCUCGCGUCCUUCCGCGCCUCCAUCGCCAACGAGCUCCUGCUCGCCCCCCUGACCAAGGGGGGCAACCUGCCCUUCCGCCGGCUCUGCGUGGACUUCGGAUGCAACGUCACGGUGUCCGAGAUGGUGUUCGCCAGGUUUUUGCUCAGGCGGAACCCGGUGGAGAAGGCGAGGCUGCGCAGGCACCCGUCGGAGAAGCUCUUCGGCGUGCAACUCGCGACGAAUCAAAUCGUCGAGGGCGUCAACGCCGCCGCGCUCGCCGCGGAUGCCGGCGCGGACUUCAUCGACCUCAACUGCGGGUGCCCCAUCCACGAGACGUGGAAGCGCGGCCUCGGCGCGGCGCUGUUGAAGAAACCCAAGAAGCUGGAGCGGCUCGUGCGGGGCAUCGCGGACGGGACGAGGUUGCCGCUGACGGUGAAGAUCCGGCUCGGCGCGGGCGGGUCGGAGGCGCCGGCGCGUCAGCUCGCCGAGGCGGUGGAAAACGCGGGCGCCGCCGCGGUGAUCAUCCACGGGCGCACCAAAGAGCAGAGGUACACGCGCGCCGCGAACUGGGACCUCAUCGGGGAGAUCCAGCGCGAGAGGGGGAUACCGGUGGUUGGCAACGGGGACAUCCUGACCCACUACGAACACCGCGACAGGCUGGCGAGGUCCGGGGCGCACGCCGCGAUGACGGGCCGAGGCGCGCUCAUCAAGCCGUGGAUCUUCAAGGAGGUCGCCGAGGGUGUGGAGUGGGCGCCCACGCCCGAGGAGCGCGUGGAGGUGUACCUGCGUCUGUGCUCCUACUUUAAGGAGCACUUUUUCACGGAUGAGAUGGGACGCGGGCGUUAUCUCGAGUUUAUGCCGUGGCACUUCGGGUUCUUCUGCAGGUACCGACCGCUCCCGGAGGACACCUACGGGGCGAUGGCGUCGGAGCACCCGCUGCUACAAACGAGGCUCGGGAUCGUCGCCGCCGCGGAGCAGGCGUCGGGCGCGGACCUGCCGAGGAUGGAGAGGCUGCUGCGGUGCGAGAGCGAGGAGGCUCACGUUCGGCUGAGCGAGGCGCUCUGGGACGCGGACGGAUCGUUGGAUAAGGCGCUGGAGCUGUUCGAAACGAUCGCAAACGACGGUUCGCUGGAGCGGUGGGAGGCAGAGGCGGCGGCUUCGGACCGGGACAACGGCAUGGGUGGCGGAGAUGCCAUUCGAGGUUAA